AUCGACAUCUCGACACGACCUUUUCCUCUCCUAAUCUUGCCAUUCCAGGACUUGCUCUUCGAGUCAGCUGUAGACAAGUAUCAGGAUGCCGUACGAAAAAGGAUCGCUCUUUGCUUGUAACCCUGCCACCCAAAGGCUGGUCUCGACCAAGAUCUCUGCCGAUGCAAAGGGAGAGAAGAUCGCCUACGUGAACGGGAGGACGGUCAUCAUCCGAGAUCUGAAUGACCCCACUAAAUCCGUAUCAUACUCCCAACACACCCAGCCGACGACCGUAGCCCGUAUCUCCCCCUCAGGCUUCUACUGCGCUUCCGGUGAUAUCAGCGGGACAGUCCGCAUCUGGGAUAUUGCCGGUACCGAUCAGACCCUCAAGCUCGAGACGAAAGCCAUCGGAGGGAGGGUCAACGAUCUCGCUUGGGAUGGGGAGAGUAAGCGGAUGAUCGCCGUCGGGGAUGGGAGGGAGAGGUUCGGGAGUGCCUUUUUCGUCGACGGGGGGAGUAGCUGUGGAGAGAUCCAGGGUAGUUCCAAGGUCAUCAACGCUGUCAGCAUCAGGCAUCAAAGGCCUUUCAGGGCUGUCACCGCUUCGGAUGAUGCCUCGAUCGUCUUCUUUACCGGUGUACCUUACAAGAACGACAAGGUCAUCCGAACCCACACCCGAUUCGUGCAAGACGUCCGCUACUCGCCCUCGGGCGACCACUUUGUCUCGGUCGGAUCUGAUGGCAAGAUGUUCUUGUACGACGGAAAGGACGGGAGCACCGCAGCCGAGAUCGUUGCUAGUCAGGGAAGCGUAUUGGGAGUAUCGUGGUCGGGGGAUUCCAAGCGGCUCUCUACCAGCUCAGCGGACGGCACCGUCAAGAUCUGGGACGCCGAGACCAAACAGGCAGUGCAGACGUAUACCAUCGGUACCGACGUCGCCUCUCAACAGAACGGUAAUGUUUGGGUCAACGAGAACUCGAUCGUCUCCCUCGGCUUGGAUGGGACGCUCAACGUCAUCGAUCCUCGUGUCGAUGGGAAAUGGAACAGGAUCCAUGGAGCACCCAAGGCUAUCAGCUCUAGCGUAUUAGCCAACAAGCCGGAACCUACGUUCUACACUGGAUCAUUCGACGGUUCAGUCCGAGCGUUCGAGUUCCCCACUGGGAAAUGCUCCGCCGUCGAGGGUAGCAAGGGCGAAGGCCAAGUAACCGGCCUCGCAUACGAUGAGAGCGUCGAGGAUGGCAAAGUCUGGACCACUGGAUGGGGGGCCGCUGGUGGUCUCCAAGCUAUCAAGGCUGGCACCUAUGACGCCUCGAUCGCUUCCAACAGCGAGAUCGACGGAUCAAAGGCCAUCGCCGCUUCUGCUGGUCGAGUUGCGGUUGCAGACGUUUCGGGUGUGACCAUGUUCGAGAAUGGCAAGAAGAUCAACACCAUCAGCGUAAAGGAAGGUUGCUCGGCCGUCGCUGUCAACGGGAGUCAUUUGGCAUACGGGGGGAAUGAUAAGAAGAUCCACCUUGCCUCUGCUGACGGUGGUUCGGAAACGAUCUUUGACGACUCUCGAGGAGAAAUCAUCUGCUUGGCUUUCUCACACGAUGCUAAAUACCUGGCUGGCGGAGACAGCUCUGGUCGCAUUGUGCUCAUUGAUGUCGCAGCCAAGAAGACUAUCGUUUCCUCAAAAUGGACCGCCCAUACAAGUCGAGUGAAUAGUUUGACUUUCAGCCCGGACGGGCUUCGUAUCGUAUCCGGAGGUCUCGAUGAGAGCAUCUACAUCUGGUCAGUGGAGAAGACCCUGAGGAACGUCCCGAUCAAGAACGCUCACGCGGGAGGCGUCAACGGAGUAUCAUGGCUCGAUGCGACAACUAUCAUCAGUGCCGGUGCUGAUGCAUGCGUGCGAACGUGGACCGUUUCUGGACCAUGAUUCGAUGCUCCGGGGCUUGGUCGCGCGUGGGACCCAGGUUGACAACCAAAAACGCAAGUCCAGACGCGAGAAAGCGCUAACAAGCGCGGCGAACCCCCGCAACUGACGACGUCUGCCAUUGGCUCUGCCCUCUCACGACUUGUCGAUAGCAUGUGCAGUCGUGCUCGUUGUCGGUGUUGUAUUCUCUGCAGUAAUGCACAGCCAUAAAUCUACCUUUCCGAUUA